GUGCGUGUGCGACCACGUGCGACAUGCGUGAUGCGGGACGACUGUAGCUAACCUCUAUUCCUUCGAUUUUUUUCCGAUCCGUUCGAUGAUCGAAACUCGCCGAGGACCGAGGACGGCGAGCAUCAUUCAGCAUCCGUGUUUGCGAGACGUCGAACGUCGAUCAGUCUCCGUCCUGGGUCCUGGCUAGUCGAACGCGACCCGCAAGUUAGAAGAGUUGGAGACGAGGUGAAAGCGAGAGAAACGUAAGAUUAAGAUAGAGAUGGGCAAGCUGGCGCCUCGUUUGGCAAGUAGAAAGAAGGCGAAGCGAUGGGCAAGAGGCCAGAGUUCCAGUUCCAACCCGGCGACGACCAAGUAUCGCGAGCAAGCGACUGGCAUGUUUUUCAAGGACCUCCCCGGCUCCGGCACGCCAGGUAUCACGAAGGAGGACCUACGGAAGCACGACGCCAUCCAAGGUAUUCAGCCUGAGUUCGCGAAGCUCAACCUGGACGCGGACCGAGAGGACCGAGAGGAUGGGAGGACGGCGAUCACGUGCGACACGUUCGCCACCACGUACAGCGCGUGCUCCAACCUUUCCUUCGGCAGGUUCCUCGCCCGCUUUCAAUCGAGCUCGAUCGUCCACAAGGAGAUGCUGGCGGUGCUCGCGGCCGUGACAGAGGUCAUCAAGCAGAACGGUGGUAACGAGACUUCGACCGAGUACUUUGCCGCGUUGAUGAGCACUUUGGAGGCGAUAGAGGACGACACCUCCGUAGCCGCGACCCUCUCGCUGCUCGGGAUGUGUCUGAGAACGGUGCCGAGGAACGUCCUCAACUUGCAAUUCGGCCCGACGAGUCAGGCUCUCCUGCGGAUUCUCGAGCGGUCAGCGAUCGUAAGCGAGAACCAUCUCGUUCUGCGACAUUGCAUAGGCUGCCUCUCGGUGUUGCUGAGAGCGCAGGAGGCUGCCGUUUGGAUCGCGCCCUCGACGACGCAGCUGCUCAACACUAUCCUGUCCUUGGUCACACACGCCAAGCCGAAGGUCCGCAAGUCCGCCCAGCACGGGAUAUGCGCCAUUCUACGGGGCAGCGACGUGAUGAGGAGCGAGGCGCCCGGACCCGCGCCCGCACCCGCACUCGCGCCGCCGACUCACCAUCCGGCCGCGGGACAUAUCGCGACGCACUGCGUCGCGCAGCUCGACGCCGCUUGCGAGCCAGGCUCCUCGCUCGGAGCCACCACUAUUCUGCAUAUCCUCACCCUGUUGAAAGAUAUUAUGUCGCAGUUGCCCAAGUCACACGUAAGGACCAUCUGCGAACGUCUGUUGAGCAUCAUGACGUUGAACAACGUUCUGAUAACGUCGUGCUGCCUGCAAACGCUGCACGGGCUGUUGGUCGCGAGGCCGUCGGAGGCGACCUUACCUUUCCCGCAAAACGCAAGUAUCAUUAAGGCCCUUUACGCGUAUCAGCCGUCCGCGGACGACACGCAGCCGACUUUGGCGUGGUUGGCCGUCAUGCGGGAGGCUCACUGCAACCUGGUGCGCCUGGCCGUCGGGACCUCCUCGGUCGACGUCCUCGCGACGCUCCAUCACCUUACGCCGGAAAUGUUCGACAGGUGCGUCGGGCUCUUGCUGUCCAACAGGACGGAGAUCGUCGCCGGCGCGUCGCACACCGUCGAGGCCAUUCUACGGGACGGCGUGGCACGCCUGUGCGAGGACGAGGAGCGAGUCGGCAGAUACGAGCCCAUCCUGAGGCGCGUCGUCGAGACGUUGCGCGAGGCGCUGAGCUAUCGCUAUCUCGGAGCUUGGCGCCACGUCCUUCACCUUACAGCCGUGCUCUUCCAAGUCGCCGGUAAGCUCGCCGCCCGCGCCGGAAGACUCGAGCAACUCGGCAACCUCGUCGAGACCCUGGGCACGCUGCGAGAUUUCCACGCGUUCGCGUACAACCGUGAGGCGGAGUACGCCAUCGGGGCGGCGAUCCGGGCGAUGGGGCCUCGGCUCGUGUUGAACAUCCUCCCUCUUCGAACCGACGAAAACCAACCACCAGCUCCUUGUCAGCAGAUAAAUCUCAGACGCGCGAGCUGGAUGAUCCCGCUGCUCAAGGAUUGCGUAACGACGGCCGGUGGCACCAUCGCCCUCUUCAAGGACGUCUUGCUGCCGAUCGCUCGGCACUGCGAGGAAAAAGCGAACGAGACGAGUAGCGCGUCUACCGCGUCUACCGCGGACGGAAAGACGUACGAGUGCUUGGUAACGCAGAUCUGGUCCAUCUUGCCGAGCAUAUGCAACGACGCCAGCGACGUCAAGGACAACUUUAAACACGUCGCCAAGCUGUUGGGUAUAGCCAUCAACGACCGGAGGGACCUCAGGCUACCCGCGAUGGCCGCCCUGAGAAAACUGAUUGUCAAGGCGGCGGCCGACGCCGACGAUCGCGCCGAGCUCGCUCGCUUCGCCAAAAACUACCUGCCGAUCCUCUUCAAUCUGUACACCACGAGACCAAGCGGCACGGACGAGGAGGGAGUGCGCCUCGCCGCGUACGACACGAUCAAGACCUACGUGACGAUCGCGAGCAGCGACUUGGCGAACGAGCUGUUCGAUCGAGCGCUGAGCAAGCUCGACGAGCCCGACGCGGAUGACUUCUUCAAGGAGAGCGUUUACGAUCUGACGAGAGCGCUGAUCGGCUAUACGGACGUCGACAGGCUGAGCAAGUACUACGACGCGUGCGUGCCGGUCUUGAAGAACGCGACCAAGCGGAAGGAGCAGAAGAAGGCUUACCGUUUCCUCGAGGAGAUAUGCGGCAGCGAGAGGGAGAUCUGCGAGCGGUUCCUGCACGAGCACCGGCGCCGGAUUCAAAAGACGCUGAUCGCCUCGGCGAGUAGCGUCGUCCGGACGAGUAGAGGAGCGCGUCUGCGGUGCCUCGCGCAUCUCGUCAGACGACACCCGCAGCUCGAGGGGACCAAGUUCCUCGAGGCCGUCGUGCCGGAAGCUGUGCUCUGCGUCAAGGAUAUAAACGAGAGGUGUCGCGACGCGGCGUAUCAGCUGCUCAACGCGAUCGCCGAGAGAUUCCUCAACGAGCCCGCGCACCUCAAAGACUACGCGGAUAUGCUGAUGGUGGGCCUGAGCGGCGAACGAGCCUACGUUAGCGCCAGUCUCCUCGCUCUGGCGUCUGUCACCUAUCGUCACAACGACUCUCUCGGCACGGAGAUCGUCGCUGAGAUCCUCGGACACGCUUGCACCAUUCUGACCAGUCCUACGAGGGAGAUUGCCGAGUCCGCCUUGUCCUACGUCAAGGUCUACCUCAACGUCACGCCGUCCGACGUGAUAGCGCCGACGUUGCCGCGGAUAGUCGACGCUCUGUCGCGAAUGACCGAGGACUGUAAGCGCCACUUUCGACAAAAGGUGCGAGACAUCUUUACCAAACUGAUAAGGAAGUACGGCUUCGGACCGAUCGCGAGCAUGGUGCCAGCCUCGGACGUGACCCUGCAUAAGAGACUAAAGAAUAUCAACAAGAUCGAAGACGCCAAGAGGAGGAAGCGGGAGCUCGAAAGAGCGAGGAAGCUGGAGCAGGAGACGGCUGACGAGGACGUUGAUCUCGUCAGGAGGGGACCUAAAAGUAUAGAGGAGAUAUUGGCCGACAGCGACGAGGAGUUUGAGGCUACGGAGAACGAAGAAGAAGCGAGGAGAAGCAAGAAAAGAACCCCAGGAAAGGACGCUUGGAUUCAGGAAACCGAAGAUGAUAUAGUCGAUCUCGCGGAUCCCGCAGCUGCUAGAAAUAUCACAACUACGCAACCGGGUGUGUCGAAUCUAAAGAUUCCAGAGAAGAAGGUAAAGGAUCGUGGCUUUGCGACUGCACCCGAUGGUCGUCUCAUCAUUAGGGACGCGAACGAGAGAGACAGCGACGCGGAGGAAAGGACGAAGAAGAAGAAGAGAAAGACUUCUUUCUCCCAGAGUGAUUCGGAAGACGAUUACAAAGACGAAGAUGAUGUAUCGGUAGUGACCACAAAGACCGCUGGCAAAAAACGUAAAUACAGCUCAAGUACAUUGGAUGCGAUGAGCCUAAAGAGUCGGUCAACGUCGAGAUAUCGAGCCGGUGGAUCGGGUAUUCAUCGACCGCUAAAAGCGACGAAAGUAGACUGUGAACCCGGUUCGGAAUAUCGUGCGACCAAGGCCAGGGGAGAUAUUAAGAGGAAGGGUAAACCAGAUCCCUACGCAUAUGUACCCUUGACGAGAUCUAUAUUGAACAAAAGAAAGAAGAAGAAAAAUGCGGGCAAAUUUCAGAGUAUAGUUUCUGGGACGAAAAAGGGCGCCCGCGCAGGUUUACGCAAUAAACGAAGAAAGCGUUAGAAACGGAUAACAAUCCUAUGUGUUAAUCAUAAUAUUGUCCAACGAUAGACGUAUCGAUUAUUAUUAUUAUUAUUAUUACGUACGUAUUUUCAAAUACAUGGUUGAACGUAACCACUAUUUCCCAAUCUAA